AUGGACACCUCAUCGAGCAGCAGCCAUCACGAUCAGAGCAUUGGGGGCGAUCACCCCGUUGAUUCUGGUCGAAGGUCUCACAGUCACAGAGCCCCGAGGCCUAGGCACGAGGAUGCUCCUGCACCUUCACAGUGGAGCGAGGAGGAUUGGCAGCGCAUGCAGCACAUGAUGCGCGAGAGUGAGGAACGGGUAGCGAGGACCGUGGAGGACAGCCUGUUCAGGAGGAUUAAGAGAUAUUUCGAGGACAAGUUCGAUGCUAUGCGUUGCCGAUGCUCGCAUAGCACUGAUGUUCACGUGCCCAGACCUGCUCCACGAUCUCACUCUGACAGGAGACGCGAGCCCCAGCCCGAGCCCGACUCCGAUCCGGCGCAGCCUACAUCCUCAGAGGCCCCAUCGCAUAACCAAUCCCCUGCACAUGAGUCUCCUGCACGAGAGGUGGGACAGACUACUGGUGAUGCCAUGCACACCCCGCAGUGGCAGCAUGAUCCGUUUGGUGGCCCGACUAGUUUUGGGCAUGUGCAGACUCCGCACAUGGGUGUCCACCACAUGCCCACAUUCGAGGCGUCCAGUUCUUAUGGUGGGCCACGCUACUCGUGGGCUGAGCCGGGCACGAGUUCAGCAUACCCUUUUGAGCCGGCCCGUUCUUCGGCUCCGAUCCUGACUCAAGAUGAGAUGCACGAGUAUUGGAAGCAGUUUAGAGGGGGAGUUUCUGAGGCAGUAGCUGCUGUUCCCCUCAGUAUUUGUGCACCGGAGGCUCCACGCAGAAGUCGCCGAGAACGGAACCCGUCGGCUGCACUUCGAUCACCAUACGUGCACAGCGCCGUGCCGAGACCCGUCGACUCACAGUAUGUUGACGGGUUUGACCGUAUGAUGAAAGCUGGCAACCGUGGCAACUACCGGACGAUGUCGGUGGCAGAGAGCGAACACCCUCUCCCGUUUAGCUUUUGGACCACUAUGCAAAACACGAGGAGAGACCUCUCGUCCAAUGUUGGUUAAUUUAUGAAUCAGUUGUUAUCAUGUAAGUCUGGUCACUUGUUACUAACAUUU